AUGCAUUACAGCCGCCAUACCCUAACCCUUAUCACCUUUCUCCUCGCAUCCCAGGUGCAAGCUCAGAUUGACGAUACGAACUUGACUCUUACUUUCUCAUCUGCCGAUGCAUUUAUCAGGGGACUCAAGAGCCUUUCGUUCUCUGUGCGGGAGGAUUCCGAACCCUUAUAUCAACACUGCUUCAACCUCGCCGACGUUUUUGGUAAUGCCAACAGCACUAGGCACAAGGAGUACACAACCAACAAUUCAGACCAAUACGACCCCCAAGCCAACUACACAACUUUUACAUACAAGCAGCUCAAUACUACUGGUCUUGGAAUCGGCAAAAACGCUGUAAGGCUUGUCAAAGUCUGGCCAUGGGAAGACUGUCGCGAGGAUGAACACUAUCAUUGGUACGGAUUCAGCUGCCAGGAUAAUGUAACAGAAUUUGGCAUCCGUGGUGGUGCCAAGAGUUUCUCUAUCGUAGAUAGAGCCAAGUCCAACGAGGAUGAGGGUCACUGUUGGACUUGGGCUAUUGAUGGUCGUCGUUCUGCCGCGUCGACAAGCUUCAAGGGCUGCUUUGUUGCAAUGAUGGUUGCUGUGUUGUCUGCUGUGAUCUUGGUCUUGUAA